UAUGGGAUGCUAGAGAUUGAACCUGGGGCAAACAAGUACAAGCAAACUCCCUCCCUUCUGUGCUAUUGCUCUGGCCUGUCAUUUUCUUGGUUAGGGACUUUUCAUAUUAGUGUUUGUCCCCCCUUCAUUUUCAGAUUUUCUUGAGAACUUAGGACAUUUCACAGUUCUGAAUGUUAGCAACCGAAAAUGCCUGUAAACGUGAAACAGCUGAAGAGGACGGGGUCCCUUUCUCCAGACAGUGAAGGGACUGACGUUUCCAGAUGAGAGGGCUAAAGCUGUCUGUAUGUUACGGAAGAUUUUUACUCGGUGAAUGUUUUACAGAAAACUGCCAGUCUAGAAUCACAUGCCACAAAUUCUACCCGUUCUCUAGAAAUGAGCCUAAACACUAAUAGAAGUAGUCCCCACCUUAGUACAAACGGGGUGUCCUCUUUCCCAGGGAAGACCAGGCCAUCUGUAAUUGAAGGUACAGUUGAAGUCCUAACCUCUUUAAUGCAAGAGCUACAAAACUGUGGCGAGACUGAUUCGGCACUGUGGACAAACUGUGAGGCCCGAUGGUUGCAGCUGUUCCAAGCAGUGGAGAAACAAUGUGAGGAGCAGGUAGUCGCCCAACAGGAGCAGUUCCACACCCAGAUUCAACAUAUACAGGAGGAGAUCAAAAGUUUAGUCAAGCUACAGGCCAACAAUGCUUCCUGGGCGGCUUGUGACAGUUCUUUGAGCAAACAGCGACCUGCAGGAAGUCCAAUGGGUUUUUCCCCUGAGCCCCCUGAGAGAAAUGAACCUAUUAUCAAUUACUCUGAGUUUCCAAAGCCUGAAAUGCAGCAAGAAGCACCACAGUCUCAUGCUGACUGCAGCGCCGACGGCAGCUCUGUGAGCAGCGGCUAUGGCACUUCCUGCGUUUCCGAGCUGAAUUCCUACCAGGCCCAGGGCUCGGGGGAGUUCAUGGAGCAUGGGACCGUAUGUCCUGGACGACCCAGUGCUCCCACUGGCCCUGCCGAGCCCCAUGCAACCAGUGUGAGCAGCCCAAGCUUUGACUCUCAGAGCCCCGAGGACUUUGCUGCACCUCUGAGUGAAGAUGUUUCUCACCUUCCUGCUGAACUGGAACACAGUUUUUUGGGUAAAAGUACAAUUUCAGAAGUGUACAGAGGGAAAAACCAUGGGAGCCAAGCUGUCACGUCCUGGGCACAGAAACUCAAGCAGCACCAGCCGAAGCGAGUUCAUUCGGAAGAGGCGUGUCCAGAGUCGGGGCAUGCCAGCGAGCCAGCCAAUCAGCCUCCCGAGCAGACUGACUUCACUGCUGCCGCCUGUCCUAGUUCAUUUUACCUCAGUAAACCGGAGGAAGCUCCCGACUCAUGGGUGUCCGACUCAGGAACAGGGCUGACCUACUGGAGGCUGGAGCAGCCAGACCUGUACCACUCCCUGCCUAGGACUUGCAACAAGUCACUGACUCUGUCCUCCACGGAUCACACUUCAGACCAGUUGAACGCUGGCACUGAGAUGAAGGUCCUGUCACUGAAGGAUAUUUAUCACAGGAAACAGAGGGAAAACAGGCUCUUUUCUGAGAGGGAUCUCACUUCCACAGCCAACCUAAGUCACCCACCAGAGGUGCUGACUCUGGACCCCACGGUUCACAGGAAGCCCAGCCCGCACCCUCAUGGCCUUCGCAGCACCCUUGAAGACCAGGCAUCCCUGUCCCCUGACUCUGUCCUCGAGCCCACGCUAUCCAGUCACUCUGACCUCGACUCCUUGUCACACGCGAGUUAUGUGACGUCUCAGUUGUCUGCCUUCCCCAAGUCCCCUCCCGCCUGGAAAGCCUCACCCACGCCCACAGGCUCGUGGGAGAAACGAGCCUUCCCCAAUGGGAGCCAGACCAGCUCCACCUUCCCGUCCCUGUGCACGGCCACCAGCAGCGGCACGUCGCUGAGUACCGUGGAGGAGCUCCAGGCCGCCCCGGGCCCCUGUACCUUGGCGCUACCAUCCCCACUCCCGGGCACAGCUGGCAGCGGCACAGAAGGCGGCGACCUGCUCUUCUCUCCCAGCAGGGUCAGGCAGAGCCUGAAGGAGAAACAUGCCCGGCACAUCGCAGACCUCCGAGCCUAUUACGAAUCAGAAAUAAGCAGUUGGAGACAGAAACUGGAGGCAAAGGAAAUCUGUGCAGCUGAAAAUUGGAAGAAAAGCAAUCAAAUUCUUGUAGACAGAUGUGGCCAAUUAGAUAGUGCUUUGAGUGAAGCUACUAGUCGUGUGAAAACCCUUGAAAAUAAGAAUAACUUGCUGGAAAUAGAAGUUAGUGAUUUUCGAGACCGCUUCUAUGCAGCCAGCAAUGCCUCCAAAGUCCUGCAGGAACGGAUAGAGGAAAUGAGAACGAGUAACAAAGAAAAAGACAGCACCAUCCUGCGGCUGAAAUCCAGACUGCAGGACCUGGAGGAAGCAUUCGAGAAUGCUUAUAAACUCUCGGAUGAUAAAGAAGCGAGACUGAAACAGGAAAAAAAAAUGUUUCAAGAUCUUUUGUUAGAGUAUGAAUCUCUUGGGAAGGAACAUGAGAGAGUGAAGGAAACGUUAAAUACAACUGAGAACAAGUUGCUUGAUGCCCACACUCAGAUUUCUGAUCUCAAAAGAACAAUUUCAAAACUGGAAGCUCAGGUCAAGCAAGUGGAGCAUGAAAAUAUGUUCGGUCUCCGGCAUCUGAAGGCGACCACGAGACCCUCUCGGGCCAACACCCUCACCACCUCAGAUGUCAGCAGGCGCAAGUGGCUGAUUCCCGGGGCCGAGUACUCCAUCUUCACUGGCCAGCCCCUGGCCCUUCAGGACAGAAGGGCUGAGAAUCCACUGGAGGAAAUCUGUGUCCCUGGGUGCGGCUCCCUGGGGAGUCCGCCCGAGAGCCUGGCAGAGCCGAGCAAGACCUCAGAUGCGCCUGUGCAGAAGGCACUGAGGCAGCUGGAGCAGGAGCAGAAGUUCAGGCACUUGGGCACGCAGACAGAGGAGACGUCACAGAAAUCCAUGAAUUCUCAUCUGAUGGGAACUUCUGCCAGUGCCAGCCACUCCCCUGAGAAGUGCCCCCAGCAGAGGCCGAAGAGAUUGAGUUGUGCAUCCCAGCGCUCCUCCUCCUUACCGCCUUCUAGUCGCAAGUGCGGAGCCCCAGCCAAAAGAGAUAUUAUGUUAACACCCGUGACCACAACUUCCAGUCCAAAACGAUCCCCCAAAGAAAAUUUCUCUCCAGGAUUCAGUCAUCUCCUUAGCAAAAGUGAAAACAGUUCCAGUCGAUUUGAUAUCCUUUUGGAUGAUUUAGAUUCUGUUCCUGCCGCUCCGUCACCACACGCCAACCCAAGGAAGCGACUCCAGUUCCUCCCUCUAGCUGAUGCGGAAGCAGAGAAGCAGUGCUCAGACCCGGCCACCCACAUCCCUGCUCGUGACCACAGCAAUUCCCCCAGGCCCUUGCAGGGUUCCGUGGAGCCGGGCUCCCUGGACCCCCCAGGGGACAGCCAGCCGGCCGCCAACUCAGGCCAGGCCCCACCAGAUGACUUCGAAUACAUGGCCAAAAUCAGGACUCUGGCAGAGACAGAACGCUUUUUUGACGAACUUUCAAAAGAAAAGGAUCAGAUCGAGGCCGCGCUCAGCCGAAUGCCUUCUCCUGGAGGACGGAGCACCUUGCAGACCAGACUAAAUCAGGAGGCCUUGGAAGACCGUUUGGAAAGGAUUAACCGAGAACUAGGUUCUGUUCGAAUGACAUUAAAAAAAUUCCAUGUUUUGCGCACCUGUGCAAAUCUUUGAGAUUCAGUGUUGCCACUGGAUGUUGAGAUGUUUUUUUGUUUGCACUAAUGUAUAAUUAUGCUCAGAAAAGACACGGACCAUUUUGUACUCUUUAUAAGCCUUGAAACGGUAGUUUACAAUCAUGCUAUUCCUACACUUGCUAUUUUAUACUUCAAAUGGCCACAGAUUUUCAAGAUAUUUUUGUUAUGCUCAGGAAACUCUUGUAUAUUUUACUAUUUCAAAAGUAUUAUUUUUAAAUAGGAUAUAUCCCAUUUAUAUUACAAAUAAGGAAAUGUAAACAGA